AUGCCGUGCAGUCCCAAGUAAAGUUGGACACCUGCUGACCACACAUGCAAACGCUCCCCGGCCACUAAGACUGAAAACCUUAUUUAAUUUUAAUACGAUUCAAAUUUACGCAGUUGCUCUGCACCCUGACAAGGGCGCGGCGUCCACACCCACCGGAACCGCGGUCCCCGUCGGUCCCCAGGCGCUCGCGCCCGCUCCCUUUAAGGACUCUGUGCGCACUCCCGAGACACCAGGAGAUAUGGCGGCGUUCAUGACUCUGAGUCAGUUAUCAAGUGGAAACCCAGUUUAUGAAAACUACUACAGACAGCUCGACCCAGGAAACACAGGCAAAAUAUCAGCUGGCGAUGCAGCUCAGUUUCUUAAGAAGUCUGGCCUGUCAGACAGCACACUGGGAAAGAUUUGGGAUUUGGCAGAUUCAGAAAGAAAAGGCUAUUUGGACAAGCGGGGUUUCUUCAUAGCUUUGAGGCUGGUGGCAUCUGCACAGGGUGGAAAUGACAUAAGUCUUCACAAUCUCAACCAACACUUAGCUGCACCCAAAUUUAAAGAUACAAGCAGCCCAUUACUAACCGUUUCAACAACAGCAUCUGAUUCACAGUGGGCCAUUAAGCCUGAUGAAAAGGGAAAGUUUGAGGGAAUUUUUGAGAGUCUGUUACCUGUGAAUGGCCUCCUCUCUGGUGAUAAAGUCAGGCCAGUUUUGAUAAACUCCAAGCUACCUCUGGAUGUGUUAGGAAAGAUUUGGGACCUAAGUGAUGUGGACAAAGAUGGACACUUGGACAAAGAAGAAUUCACUGUGGCUAUGCAUCUUGUGUAUCGCACCAUGGAGAAGGAGCCGCUCCCCACUAGUUUACCCACUUCCCUUAUCCCCCCUUCUAAGAGGAAGAAGACUGGGGUUGGGCUUCCAGGUGCUGUUCCCGUGCUACCUGCUCUGUCUGGCCUUGGAACUGGUCCAGCUCCUCUCAAAGAAACUUUACGCAGCACUUCUCCUCUGGUCAACACUACUCCCCUCGGCAGUGCUGCUCUCUUUGGCUCCGGUGCUGCCAACCUAUCUCCAAAACAGUCCUUUAAGUCCAGUUCGCCGCCGGCGAUGAACUGGGUUGUACCAGUGGCUGACAGAGAGAAAUAUAAAGAAAUUUUCAAGAACACAGACACUGACAAUGACGGCCUCAUCAACGGCGGUGAUGUCAUCGAGCUCUUCAUGAACUGUACGCUCUCCCAGACGAUGCUUGCACAGAUAUGGGGACUUGCUGACACAAAACAAACAGGCAAGCUGAAUGAGGAGCAGUUUGCUCUAGCCAUGCAUUUGAUCCAACAAAAGGUCAAUAAAGGCAUCGACCCUCCCUCCACUCUCACUCCUGACAUGAUCCCUCCAUCAGAACGAUCUGCAUCAUCAGCUAUGGGCUUUAACCAUGUGGGGUUUAUGUCUCCUGUGAGACCAGAACUUGGUUCCUUUUCAAAGGUGCACAUUGACGGUAUCGGCUCCACAGGGUCGACAGAGCUGACAGGUAUCAAAGAGCUGGAUGACCUCAGUAAGGAAAUAUCUCAUCUGCAGAGAGACAAAUUCAUCCUGGAGCACGAGAUCAGAGAAAAGGAGGAGGCCCUCAGACAAAAAAACGGUGAUGUGCAGGACUUGCAGAAUAAUUUGGAAAGGGAGAGCAGCAGCUUGCAAGACCUGGAGUCCCAGAAGCAGGAUGCCCAGGUACGCCUGGAGGAAAUGGACCAACAGCGCUCCAGGCUUGAGGGAAUGCUGAACGACAUCAAGCAAAAGUCCCAGGAUGAAACCCAGAAGAUUUCAUCCCUGCAGAGCCAGAUCCGCUCACAGGAGACUGACCUCCGCAGUCAGGAAGAUGAACUGAGUCGCACCAAAACGGACCUGAGUCGAGUCCAAGAUGAGGAGGCACAGCUAGAGCAGAGACUGCUGUCCGGUCGGACUCAGCUGGACAGCAUCAUUAAGUCACUCAAAACCACCCAGGAUGAGAUCAGUCAGGCUCGUGGUAAGUUGUCACUGAUUCAGGAGAGCCAGAAAGAGUUGACCAAGACCAUUGAGCAGUACAACAAUGCUUUGAAAGAAAUCAACGCAGGAAACUUGAGCAACCUGCCGGACCUAAGUGAAGGCUUUGCUGAAAGGGAGGAUGGAGGUUUCAGAAGUACGAUGGUUAAUCAGGAGGGCUCUUUAAAGUCAAGGAUAGCCAUGUUCAACAACAGUGCUGCCAUGGAGACUCGAGCAGACCCCUUCAAGAUGGAGGAUCCCUUCAAAUCUGACCCCUUCAAAGAUCCAUUUGGAAGUGAUCCUUUCAAAGAAAGCGACCCUUUCAAAGGCACCUCAUCUGAAGACUUUUUUAAGACAACUGACAGGCCAGACUUGUUUGGGUCUGGAGACCCCUUUAGCAGAAAACCUGUACCUCCAGUCAAGCCAAGUCCUUUCGGCAGCAGUGACCCCUUCAGAUCAAACAGCCCAAAAACAAAGGACUCAGAUUUGUUUGGGAAAGCAGACCCCUUUGGAAGCAACUCUUUUGGAAGUAAGGGGGGUGGAUUUGCUGACUUUAGUCAGAUGUCAAAGAAGUCGGACAAUCCUGUACUCCCAAUCCCAAAGAAAAGUGUGCCUAAGAGGCCUGCACCUCCCUAUGGUGUGCUCGGUUUGAGUCCAUCAGAGCUGCUCCAGAGCGUUGGCUCCACAGCAGACGGUGUAGACUCUUUCGUUACGACACAGUCGAGUAAAACAUCCAAAGAUUAUCCUAUGGGUUUUGCAAAUUUUGCAUCUUUUGGAAGUGAGAGCGAGCAGCUGGAGUGGGCCAAGCGUGAGAGCGAGCGUGAGGAACGGGAGAGGUUGAGGAGGCUGCAGCUCCAGGAGCAGAGGGACCUGGAGCUGGCCAUCGCUCUCAGCAAGACCACCAUGCCGAACACCUGAGCAGGCGUUCUCCAGCACAACUUUCUGUCCUCUUCCCUUUUCCUUACAGCCCGCCGUCUACAGGCUCGUGAGAACAGCACCAUCAUUGGCCCGACAUGACUAGCAUCCCCUGUUACCAACUUGUGCAAGAGCCCAGUGUUUCUGCAGCUAUGACUGUACUUGUGUUCAAAUGACUCCACAUUUAGCUACCAGUUAAGGUUCAUUGCUCCCAAACUAUGUGGAAACUAUAAUCAGGGACGAUAUGGAGCCACUUGAUUUAAGCCUUGCUUCAUCCUCCAAGAACAUGGCGAUUUAACGCAAGCCAAACCGGCAGGGUACUCGACUACUACAACCUAUAUCUAGCUCCAUAUCUGGUUAUGGCUAAUCAGCUUUACCUUAUCCAAAUUUGCGGGGGCUUUUUUGAAGGUAAAAUAACAUUUUAAAAAUAUUUUUGUUUUAUUUAUAAACGAAAGGAGCUAAUUUGUCAUGUAUGAAGUGAGAUACCUCCUAAAACGGUUUUUAUAUCACUCAGAAAAAUCACAAUGAAAGUCGAACCAUUUGCUCUGCUAACAUUGAAUUGACUUUUUCAAAUGCAUUUUGUUUUGUUUUUAUUUUAUUUUUAUUUUAUUUUUUAGGAAACCUUCUUUUAGUGUAUAUAGUUAUACGGUUUUAUUUCGAGCUCAACCAAAUAAAAGAUGGGGGGGGGGGACUCCAUUCCUGUCUUAAACAACAAGUUAUGAGAUCAUCAGUAGCAUGAUUUAGAUUCUCAUUUUAAAUGCUACUAGUGUUUCUGGGCAUUUAUGCUUUCAUAGCUAAUAUUUAUAUAAGUAAAGUGCAUGAAUUAAACGAGUACUAGAAUAUAUUGGAAACCCUAAAGAUGCUAAUGAUAAUCAUUAGUCUUUCUUUCCUGUGAACCCAGCUCUGUCCACUUGGAGCGCUCUUCCUCUGCGAGCAGCUUGUUUGUCAGAUCAUUGGUUGCAUUGUUGUAACACCCAAAUAGCUCCCUGCAACUAAUGCCUCCAUUAAAUGGAAAAAGUAUAAACCUCUCUUGUUUAUACUGGUGCUGUUACACCUUUUUACUACUUCUGCUAUUCAGCCAAAUCGACCUUUUGGAUAUUUAUUAUUUGUUUCCAUAUGGAUUUGUGUUAUCACUGUGUAGUAAUCGAGUGGGAAGACUUUUCUGCAAAUGGCUUGAAUUAUUGCAUUCUUGUAAUCAUACAAAACACUAAUCAGGUUUAUGUGACACAUAAUGUAUGCACUGUUAUGUUCCAGAGCCUUCUGGUCAUUCACAGAGUGACAGCGCCUUAUUUGUCAACACGUUAGCACUGUAAUGUGUAAUUGCUGCACAUUAUGUAUAUAAUUUUGAGGUAAAGGUUUGAGUUGCUCAAAACUGUAAGGACUUUUAAUUGAAUAAAAGUGAUUUUUAACACCAAG